AUGUAUCGCAGCCUUAGCGCAUCUCUUCUGAGCGCCUUGUGGUCUCGGCUCACGCCGGAGCAGAUUCUGCUCCUGCGCAUGCUCGACAUGUGUCUUGCGACGGACGACGAGCCAGCGACCAAGGUGCAGGUGCACGCGACGGACGACCCGUCUCUCUUGCCAUUCUUUCUGUCCGAGUUUGUCGCUCUCCAUGCGACCAAGGAUGCUGGCGUGGAUGACGCGCCGCCGUCUGCAGACCGCGAGGCCAUGUGGCGCGUCAUGGAGAUCGAAGCGUCCAAGCUCAUGCUGCACAUUCUCGGAACGCUGACGACGACGUUGCCGCCGACGUCGCUCACCGACGCGGCAGUGCAAGCAGACGUUCUUGCCUUCGUGCCCGCACUCGUACACCAGAUGCACCGCGCGGCCGCGGCCCGUCCCGUGAGUGGGAAAUUGACCAACAAGCCGACCGACGAGGACGGAGACGUGGACUACUACUAUGGGUACAAGUCGGCUGGUGUACGCGUGCUUGGCAACCUUGUGCACCGCAAUCCUGCCGUCCAAGAUCUCAUGCGGUCGUGCGGCGGCAUUGAAGUGCUCUUGAACAGCUGCAACAUUGACGAGACCAACCCCAUGAUCCGGGAGUGGGCAUUGGUGGCACUGCGCCACGUCUGCGAAGGGUGUGAGGCCAACCAAGAAUAUAUCAAGGCGCUUGCGCCGCAGGGCGUCCAGUCCAACGUCGACUUGGCUCAAAUGGGCGCCAAGGCCGUCAUGACCGACGAUAAGGUUACCAUCCAGCCCUUGUAG